AUGCGAGCUCUAACCGAGAUAGAUAAAAUCAACAUUGACAGACAAAAAAUGGAAAAUAUCAUUCAAAACAACAAAAAUGCGAUUCAUUACUGUGUUCUCUACGAAUUUCUUCAAAAGAAACCAAUCGGACAGUCCUAUAAAACAUUCUGUAACACUGUCGGAAAAGGAGUUGUCGAUUUUAAAGAUUUCAAGAAUCUUUUCGAUCGAUUUGCACGUGGAAAGUUUGCUAUUGUUGGGCAAACUCAUGCUCCGGAAAUAGAAAUUCAGGGCUCUGGCUCUGUCCGCUCACUCCCGACACUCCCAGAAGAAAUUCUCGUGAAAAUAGUGGAAAAAUCGGGUCUGAAAGAGAGAUUGACACUUCGAAAAGUGUCUCGAUGCUUCCGUUCCAUCGUCGACGAGUCUAAAUUGAUUUGCGAAAAAAUCGAUAUUCGAUUCACUGAUUUGUCCACAGAGAUCUGUAUCGAAUCGCUUCCAAUGAUCAAUUAUCAACAGAAAAACGGGGGAUGUGUGAUUGAUUUUGGAGGAAAUCGAAUGAUUAUGAAUGGAGAACGUCAUAUUGAGUGUGCAUUGAGAGAUUUGAAUACGAUUCUGAAGAAUCCGAAAUUCGAAUUGAGAGUUUUGAAGACUACUUUCCUAUUGGGCAUUCCAUUCUUGUUCAAUGGAUAUAUUCCGACGGAAUGGACACCAAUUUACAGAUUUAUGGAGUUGGAGGACUUUUUUCAGAGAUUCAAACGUCGUCUCCACGUGAAAUCCUUCGAUAUCCAAUUCGAGAUUCAUUGGAACGAUGACACCGAGCCAAUUCUCUCGAUUCUUCCAUAUCUGAAACCUGGAAUUCUGGAGAAAAUUCGAAUUAAAAUGGACGUUGACUUCUCCGAUCAAAUGAAAGAAGUGGUGAAAUUGGAGCAAUGGAAGCAGGCGAUCGAAUUGGAUAUGAGAAAGACUCAUUUCGAACUUUCACUUGAGAAUUUGACUCAUUUCAAACGUUUUUCCGUUUUUAUUCCGAAGAUUACAGAGGAACAAGUCAUUUCGAUUAAGGAGACUCUCUUCAAAUCGACUAAUUUCGAAUCGUGUACUCUGAAUUACUACGAAGAUGAGCUGGAUCUCGACUAUAUUCAAUCAAAAGUGGGACCACACAUCGAGGAUAAUAAUACUGGUGCUCUUCUAUUCAAGGAUCAAGAAACCAAGACGGUUUUCGAAAUUCAGUUGGGAGAUGAAUCAAUCGAUAUUGUCAGAAAAUGUUGA